CUGUCGGUAUUUUAGUAUUCCACCACCCACAGGAAGUUAGAAACGAAGCGCGCUCGGUAACAAACCGGGCGACAGAAACGAGUGCUGAUUAAACAACACUGAAUGAAACUGAGUUUUAAGAAAUCACUUACUUUAUACAUUUAUUACACGUCGUAGCACGUGUUCCUGCACACCACAGAAACGAAAGGAUUUGUGGCACACCGCAAUUUGUAGGUGUUGCAGGAGGUUCGCACCAGCAUGUCUGUGUCUGUGAUCAUUAAAUGGGGUGGGCAGGAGUACUCCAUCAGGACACUCUCCGAAGAGGACACUGUGCUGGACCUCAAGCAGUCCAUCAAGUCCCUGACAGGGGUUCUCCCAGAGAGGCAGAAACUUCUAGGAUUAAAGGUCAAAGGCAAACCAGCAGAGGACCAAGUGAAGCUGGGUUCACUGAAGCUGAAACCCAAUACCAAGAUCAUGAUGAUGGGCAGCAGAGAAGAGAGUCUGGAAGAAGUUUUAGCACCUCCCCCAGAGAAUGAUGACAUUGUCAAUGACUUUGACAUUGAAGAAGAGGUGAUUGAAGUACAGAACAGAGAGGAGAACUUGGCUAAGAUAGCCCGCCGUGUCAAAGACUACAAAGUGGAGGGGAUGAACCCACCCAGGGCAGGAAAGAGUCUGUUAGUACUAGAUGUGGACUACACGUUGUUUGAUCACAAGUCAUGUGCCGAGACGGGACAAGAGCUCAUGAGGCCUUUUCUCCAUGAGUUCCUGACCUCGGCAUAUGAGGACUAUGACAUCGUCAUCUGGUCUGCCACGAGUAUGAAGUGGAUUGAUGCUAAAAUGAAAGAGCUGGGAGUGACAGACAACCCUAACUACAAGAUCACCUUCAUGCUGGACAGUGCAGCCAUGAUCACAGUGCACACGCCUAAGAGGGGUGUAGUGGAGGUGAAGCCUCUUGGGGUGAUAUGGGGAAAGUACAGUGAGUUCUACAGCAAGAGGAACACUAUCAUGUUUGACGACAUUGGCAGAAAUUUCCUAAUGAACCCACAGAACGGACUGAAGAUUCGUCCAUUCAUGAAAGCGCACUUAAACCGUGAAAAAGACAAAGAGCUCUUCAAACUGUCUCAGUAUCUUAAAGAGAUUGCCAAACUGGAGGACUUCUCUGGUCUCAACCAUAAGCAUUGGGAGAGGUAUCGCGCAAAGAAGCAGAGCCAGUGAGAGCAUUGUUGUGGAUGUGUGAAGGGAUGGUCAUUCCUCAACCAGGAACAGUGCUAGACACUCAAGCCCUCUACUACUACUGCCUGUUUCUGACUGGGAGCUGUUUCCUAUUGUUUGGCUUGUUUUUUAAACUUCUGUUCUUCCCUCAUCUAUGUCUUUCUCUAUUGACUUCAGUCUGGGAGACAAAGUAAAUACUAUACACCUAUCAGUACUCAGUUUACACCUAUCAGUACUCAGUUUACACCUAUCAGUACUCAGUUUACACCUAUCAGUACUCAGUUUACACCUAUCAGUACUCAGUUUACACCUUUCAGUACUCAGUUUACACCUAUCAGUACUCAGUUUACACCUAUCAGUACUCAGUUUACACCUA